AUGGCCUUAGCCCUGAUAGUGGCCACCCGCAAGUUGCAGCCCUACUUUCAGGCUCACCCAAUCGUGGUCAUCACCUCCUUCCCCAUAAAACUAGUCCUCCACAAGCCUGAAGUCUCCGGACGCCUAGCUAAAUGGGCCGGGGAACUAGGGGAAUACGAUGUGAUUUUUCGACCAGCCACAGCUAUUAAGUCACAGGUCCUGGCAGAUUUUGUGGCCGAAUUCUCCCCUCCCUUACUCCCAGCCCUGGAGCAAGAAGUGCUCCUCCGAAGCGAAACACAUGAAGAAGGAGAAUGGGUCCAGCAUGUCGACGGGUCCAGCAACAUCAGAGGAGCCGAGUUAAGAAUAAUUCUUACCUCACCGACAGGGAACACAGCCUCAAGGGCCGUGAGGUGA